GACUUCUUCUCUGCGUCGUCGCACAGUAUUGUAAUCAAUGCUGCCACCACAGAGAGAUGCCACCUCAAAGUAGAGGCUCCUCGCCCGAACCAGCCCCGGGGCGGUCGCGUUCUGUGUCGAAAUCCGAAUCCCUCCUCCCACCCACUCUCCGUCCGUUUCUUGACAACCUACCUUCUCCGACUCUUUUGAUCCCUGCUGACCAGCGCACGCCGACGGAAUCUCGUAUGGUGGUCAUACCUGAUCGAGAUACGGAAACACCGACCCCGACUCCUCGGUCAGUGAGGACACGUCGUGCUGCCACCACCGCCUUUGAACUGGGCGGUGACGAAGAAAGAGAUGAUGGAUUGGAAGAAGACGGGGAUUCUAUAUUACACCACUACCCCGGAGAAGAUGACGGCGACGACUACGGCGACGAAGUGGCCGGCGUGACGUUGGACGACGAUGAUUUCGAAUCGCACUAUUCGAGACAAGAAUCUCCAGAGUCGGAAGAAGACGAAGAAGAUGUGUCCGCGGAGGAGGACGAGGACGAGGAUGAGGACAGGACGGAAGAAGUAGAAGAAGAAGACUUCAAUGAAGAAGAGUACCAGAACGGUUCGACGACCAUCUCGGUUCGAAGAAGAGGUCAACAGUUCCCGACGUCGUCGUCAGCCCGACAGGCAGCACCAGGUUCUCUGUCCCGAGUUCAUUCUCUACCAGUACGACCGCCUCCGUCGCAAUCAUCAAACCAUCCGGAUGGCGGCAACCAUGCAUCGAGCACCGGAAGUGGUCUACAUACUUCCCAGUCAACCACUUCUCUCCCGCCCGCACCUCCCCCGCCACUAUAUCCACCAUUCUACAAUCGACCACCGACACCAUUACCCCCAUCACCUAGUUUGACGUCCCUUCUCCGUCCACCCUCACUGCUGAACCGCUCGACGACGUCCACUCGACCGACCACACCGGAAGAUUCUGACGCCGAAACACCAAACGACACCGAAGCGGCCGUCGCACAAUCCGCCAGGCGGGCUCACCCUUUACCACCCACGUCCCCCAAGGUGCCGACUUACGAGUACUAUGGGUUUGUCUUGUACCUGGCGUCGACGAUUGCGUUCCUGAUGUACAUCUUAUGGUCGUACCUACCUUCACCCUUUCUCCACGCCAUGGGAGUCACUUACUACCCCAACCGUUGGUGGUCACUGGCCAUCCCUGCCUGGAUCGUCAUGCUUUUGAUCUUCAUCUACGCCGCCUUACUCAGUUACAACGUCGAAUACUUGACCCUCCCGUUGGACAGCCUGGAAUGUAUGGUCGACGAUGCCGCCAACGUGGCCAUUCUCGACGAGAGAAAUGGGCGCGUGAGGCAUGGAGGUAGCAAACGGUUGGUCAAAGAGAUGGAACAACGAGCGGCACUGGAACAACUUCAACUCCAACGACAAAAAGGCAAAACAAAUAACAACAGUAAUAGGAGGUUCUCCAAAAGUAAAGAAAAGGAGAAGAAAAAGCGACCUUCGCUCCGCAAUAACAACAAUGUUUAUCCGUCUUUCCCUUUCCACGAGAACGGCACGGCAAUGUCAAAUGGAACUGCUCGUGCCUCUUCUUCCUACCAUGAACAACCCUUGACGACUGCAGCGGCGGCGUAUCAACAGCAAAACACUGCCAACCGGUCUCUCUAUUUGGCCGGCGGAAACGACGGCGGCAGCGGCAGCAACAACAACAACAACAGUAUUCAGGGCCAGUACGGCGCGCUGCGAACAAAUUCUCACCCUGAUCCUGAACCUAAUUGGAAAAUGAUUUGGAACGAAGGCACGGACGCCGUAAUGGACGUUCCGAUCGGUGGUGUCUGUGAAGUCUUGUAUGGUUGAAAACAACCUUUCGUACAGAGAGUACGGGGGUACGGGGUCCAACCAUACACAGAAGGAAAGAUCUAUAGCCGCAAUAAUUCAUCUAUUACAUGCCCCUGGUUCUACUUAGGUACGCAGUACUCCGUAGAGAAUUGUGACUUUUCUG